UUUUAUUUUGAAAGCGUUACCCGGAAGCUGAGGGUGCUGUAGUCCCUUUAAUUUGACAGUCUGGAUGUGGCCGCAGAGAAGCGGAGCUUCAUUUCUGCGGAUUUUCUGAUUCAGCUGAACGAACCUGCAGCUGGAUCCGGAUUCAUAUCGGAGCGAGGAGUCCGGACCGACCCACACCGAAACUAGCCGAGCCGAGCGCAUCCGAACUGAGCCGGGCCAGAAUAAGACCAGAAAUACAGGCAGACAGAGACAGGGAGGCUGCUUCAUCUCCUCCUGUAGAGAGCGGAGUCUUCCUCACCGAGGAGGAGAUGUUGAGUGUCCAGCUCCGUCACCAUAAUCUGACCCAGGAUCAGUGAUGUCGGCCUGUGCUUCAGCGUCUGUGUGACGUCUGCAGGGAGUCAGACCUGUCAGGUGGAUCCGACAUGGCCGCCGUGUGUGGCGCUUCAUCAGCACUCACAGUGUGUCUGUGUGUCCUGCUGCUGCCUGCUGUGACAGGUCUUCAGUCAGAGGACAGAGAGUGCGCCUUCACUGACCAUCUGCAGGGGGCGGAGCCUCACAGCGGAACCACCAAUGAGCUGCGAGGAGUGGUGAGAGAGAACGGCACGAUUCGCUGCAGCCACGGCUCCCGCUGCUAUGGAUUAUGGGAAAAAAGACCAGACGGUGAAAUGCACCUGGUGAAGCAAGGUUGUUGGACUCACAUUGGCGACCAGCAGGAGUGUCAUGGUGAGCGUUGCCUAGUAACGGCCACGCCCUCUCAGAUCCAGAAUGGCAGCUACCGUUUCUGCUGCUGCAGCCGAGAUCUCUGCAACGCCAACUUCACCGAGGCCCCGCCCACUGCCGACACCCCCUCACUGAGGCUGAUGAAGAGCGGCAUACAUGAUGACGGACAGACGGAACACCGGCCACUGAGACGGGAGGAGACGGCGCUGGUUGCCCUGGCAACCAUUGCUAUAGCAGCCAUCAUCAUCAUGGCACUGUUUCUGGGGUACCGCAUGAUGAAAGGGAAACAGAAACACAGUCUCUCUGCUCUGGAUGUGAUGGAGGCAGCAAACACUGAGUCUGCGGUCGACCUGGACAACCUGAAGCUGCUGGAGCUGAUUGGUCGAGGUCGUUAUGGCGCCGUGUUUCGUGGCUGUCUGAACGAGCGGUGUGUGGCCGUCAAACUGUUCAGCUCGGCCAACCGGCAGAACUUCACCAAUGAGUGCUCCAUCUACUGUCUGCCACUGCUGCGUCACCAUGACAACAUCAGCCGCUUCCUGACCGCCGACGAGAGGUCGACAGCCGACGGACAACCGGAGUUCCUGAUCCUCAUGGAGUACUACCCACAUGGCUGUCUGUCUCGGUACCUGUCUGUCCACACCGUGGACUGGUUGACGUGCUGCAGGAUGACUCAUGGUGUGACCAGAGGACUGGCCUUCCUCCACACGGAGCUGUACAGAGGAGACCAGUACAAACCAGCUGUGGCCCACAGAGACGUGACCAGCAGGAACGUCCUGGUCCGAGCCGACCUGUCCUGCGUCCUCGCCGACUUCGGUCUGUCCAUGAGGCUGACGGGAAACCGGCCCUGUCGCUCCGGAGACGACGACACUGUGGCGAUAUCUGAGGUGGGGACGGUGCGGUACAUGGCUCCGGAGGUUCUGGGCGGAGCUCUGAACCUCAGGGACUGUGAGUCAGCGCUGAAGCAGGUGGAUGUUUACGCCCUGGGUCUGCUCUACUGGGAGAGCUUCAGGAGGUGCUCCGACCUGUUCCCAGGUGAAGCAGCACCUGAGUACCAGCUGGCGUUUCAGGCGGAGCUCGGGAAUCACCCAAGCUUCGAGGAAAUGCAGAUCCUUGUCGCCAGAGAGAAACACAGACCCAGAUUCCCUGAAGCCUGGAAGAAGAACAACCUGGCAUUGCGUUCCCUGAAGGAGACGAUGGAGGACUGUUGGGAUCAGGAUGCUGAGGCUCGACUCACCGCUCAGUGUGCAGAGGAGAGACUGUCUGAACUCACACUGCUGAGUACACACACCUCAAUACACAACCACAGGAAUCUGUCUCAUGGCCGCUGGUCUCCUCAGGUUGGCUCCGCCUCCUCCUACAUCGAGGAUUUGCAAGUGGGUGUGGUCAAAAAUCUCCAGGGAGACGGACACUCAGCAUCUGUCGUCAGGACGACCACGAGUACAGCAGAAGGUGCUGAAAAGAACAGGAACUCCAUCAACUAUGAGCGACAGCAGGCUCAGAGUCAGGCUCGGUUGUCCAGUUCAGACAGCAGUGUGUCUCCUGCCUCCGCCCUCUGCUCCAUCUCUGAGUGUGAACACAGAGAUGGCGCUGUGCCCGCUGUUCCCGCCUGCCUGCAGCUGACAGAAGAAGACCUGGAGGCCACCAAGCUCGACCCCAGAGAGGUGGAUAAGAACCUGAGGGAAAGUUCUGACGAGAACCUGAUGGAACAUUCACAGAAACAGUUCAGCUCCGAGCCUCCAGCUGUGACCCAGCUGUUCCAGCAAAACCUACAGACGUCUGAGGUGAACAACUCUGUGUCCACUCCUCAGGAUGAACUGGGUGUCGGUGGAGUUGAUGCCCCUCCCUCCUCCUCCAUCCACCCUCUGCCCAAACAGCAGAACCUUCCCCAGAGACCCACUAGCCUCCACCUCCUCCCCAAGAACAAGGAGACCACCUCCUCCUCUCGACUCAAACUGGGAAAGCUCAAGUCGAACCACAGACAGGUGGAGACAGGCGUUGCUAAGAUGAACACAGUAACAGUCGCCGCAGCUGUAGAACCCCACCUGGUAACCACAGUGACCAACAACACCAGUACAAGAGGCAGUGUCGCAAUUGGGAACCGGGUCCACUCAGUCGCCAGCGGCUACAAUGCGGGGGUUCCCACCCUGGUGACAAACGGUCUGAUGGGCGGAGGUCAAACUAACCCGGCAGGACCACAGCUGGAGGAGGAGGACAAACUGGAGGGAGGGGUGGUCGGAGGAGGAGACAGCCAUCAGAACCUCCUCAAUUUCAGUCCUGAUGAACACGAACCACUGCUGAGGAGAGAACAGCCCCCUGCCCAGAGCGAGCCCCCUCCUCCUCUGCACCAUCAGUCACGAGCCGGAAACCUCCUGUCAGGGCGGGGCUCAAACUCCAACAACAACAACAACACGAUAGCGUUGGGGUCAGAGGUCAGUCAGGACAAAGACUUCAGUCCUAAACCUGAACCACACCUGGAGAGUCUGCAGAGCCGUGAAUCCCCCGCUGCAACUCGUCCAGCUACACCUGGACACACCUCACCCCAGGCCCCUCCCACUGCACAGGAUAGAGGUCAAGGUUCAGAUGGAUAUGCCCAAAAUCCAAAGGCUCACCUGGUCCACUCCACAGCUGAGGUCCCAGACUGCAGACACACAGAUUCACAGAUACUUCCCCAGAAACCUUCAGCAGCAGGAGGUCCAGCCUCAGAUCCAGAAGGUCUAGUUGGGAAUGUAGAAGGUUCCCCUGCAGAGGUUCCAGCCUCAGAGAACCCAGCUCCAGAAGCUUCAGCUCUAGAACCUGCAACUCUGCGAGUGUCGGCCUUGGAUCAGGUGGGACAGACUAAAGGCAGGAAGCCUCAGCGUCCCUCCUCUCUGGACCUGUCCUCGUCCUCAGGUCGUGUGUCUCUGAUGGAGAGCGGGAGUCUGAGUGCUUCAGGAGAGAAAAUAAAACGUCGUGUGAAGACACCGUACACCCUGAAAAAAUGGCGUCCAGCCUCGUGGGUUGUAUCCACGGAUACAGCUCUCGACCCAGACUUCGACAUCGGUGGCAGUAGCAGCAGCCACACCCACUUUUCUUCUGGUCUCCAUAGAGCAGGAAACAUCCCUAAAAUCAACCAGUCAAAGUCCAGCAUCGCUGUCUUCUUGGUUGGCGGUGGAGCCACGGCGACCACGACCUCCGAGCCUGAUGGGAUGACCUGCUUCUAGAGUUUCUUUUCUUCUUUUCUUAAAGGAUUUUUUUUUUUACUUCUUGUCUUCCUUCUCUUUAGUUGUGGAAAAUAGAUCAGAGUCUGUCGUGGCCCUCAGCCCCCCCCAGCUCUAAACCACAGGAAAUGCUUCACGAUAACAUGCUCUCAAGUUUGUGACAGACGUGGACUCCAUCAGACCGGGGUGGGGGGGUUGGGGGUUACAUUUUCAUGAUUGAGCUUGAUACUUCCUGAAGGAUUGUUGCCGUCGGCCCUGUCCUUUUACCAGUUGACCUCAAACUUUCAACCUUCACCAUGCCUACGUUGCUUAAAUGCCCAUAAUGUCAGAGUCCAGUAUAUUUUGGCUGGUAGUGAAUCGAGGGGAUGAUUGGCUCCUGUUGUAACCAGUCAUUGAUUUGUAAGUGUGGCCUUGACCCACCGGAGUCACCAGAUUACACAAGAAUCUCUGUCAAUGUUAGAUGAAGGAAGUUGUUGUUGUUGUACUCUCAGACUCCCACUGACUCGUCUGUGGUUGGCCGAUGAGGGCUUGACCCUACCUGGGUGACAAAGCUCAUGACCUCUGUGGGUGGUCACAUGGAGGAAGUCCCUCUCUGGUAGACCUUUGGGUUCCCUGUAGAAAGGGGAUUUGCUUACUGCUAGAUGAUUGGCUAGGAUUGUUGUGACCAGUCUCAUCGUUCUACCAGAGUAACAACAUUGUCCAGGAGUUCAGAGAAUUCAGAGACCAGCUGGUUGUUGAGUGAACAACGUUGGUUCUGGUUCAGUUUUGGGUUCCACGGACUCAUCUGUGACUAGAAGAUGUGACAGGUGCAACUGGUUUUGGCGUUGACCCUCUGUGGAAUCCAGAACCUGGUUCCUGUUGGGACAGGUCUGAUGGCUGGUGGAUGUAUCCAGGUGCAGGUGAACCGGAGAAUGUCCUUCAGGUGGUGGCGAGGUUGAGGAUGAUGUUUGUGCCUGGUAGAUGGAGGAAGUGGUGAGUCAUGUGACCAGAGAGGAUUCAGUCAAGUCAAACGUCAGAUUUUUUAUGCACUUUAAACAAAGUUAGUUUUAUUUAGGAAACUUAGAAACUGUCUAAAGGACGACUCGUGCAAUGACAGAAGUAACAGUGACACAGUUGAGGACAUUUCUUCUGUUUGUGUCUUUGUUUGAUUUAAAGAAGAGUCUUUACGUUAAACACUAAAUCCAGCUAUGCAGUCGGCUCAUGAUGCCUCCUCCUGUUGACCGUGUGUUGGGCUCUGAUGUGUUAACAGAUUGACAACAUUACUGUUUCAGGAUAUUUAUUCUUUUCAUUUGCACUUAGUUUAAUGACCUACCUUGUGAGGACGGACAGAGGGAGUGGAGAAGAAGAGAGGGAUGAUCCACAGUUCUGUGGAGUUUAUCAAACCUGAAACUUUGGCCACGAACAACCUCCUCAGGAACCGUAACAACACCUCCGUCGGCCGGAGCACUACAGUUUUCAUGUUUCUUUAAAGAUGAGCGGGAGGUGAAAAUGGAGGGAGAUGAAAGAAGGUGAAGAACACAAACCGGACUGAUUUGAUCCAACAGACAGAAUAACCUUGGCACAACUCCACAGCUGUCUUGUUACAUGUUCUGCUGUUAGUCACCAAACCAUCCACCAUCAGCUGGUAUCUUUAGCACAGAGCUCCAGUUCAGUUCAAACAACAGUUUGAUGCUUGUGAUGUCUGAAGUUUGAUGGAAAUGAACUGAAAUUGUGAAUUAAAGGACAAUGUAAUUCCUUGCUGAUAUAAAGUGAUGUAGUGUUAAAGGCCUGGUGAUCCUCAGCACUUUAUUGAGUAUAACACAGUAUGAAGUAGAGCGACCUGCUGACCAUCCUCUGUUUAAAAGUGAUGUUUGGUGUAUGAAGUGGAAAUCCUUACAAUUUAUAACACUUUAUAUUUUUUAAGUUAUUUGCCGAGUAUAUGCAUUUAGUAGUAACAGUAUUAGUAGUAGUAGUAGUAGUAGUAGUAAUGGUUUUUUAAAUGCCAGAUUUUUUCAGUGGAGUUUGGUGUGACAUAAAAAAGUUAAUGAACCAGGACUGAAUCAUCAAAUAGUUCAUUGUCGCCCCAUUUUUCAUCUCUUAUAUUUAUUUCAACAAAACAUGAAACAAAAAACAGCAAAGUUUAGAUUUUCUUUUUAAACAAAUUGACUCAGUUACUAACUUUUAUUUGAAUGGGUGAUUUUAUAGAGGGAAGUUGUGAUGUUUCAGACUCGUAUAUGUUUGUAUGUAACAACAUUUGAACCUUUAAUGUGCAAAUAUAAUAAGUUAACAUAUUCACUUUUGGUAAGCCUUAUAAACUUUUGACAUCAUUUUCUGCUGAUUCUGAUGUCAGCUCCACGUCAACAUUAUCAUUUAUGUCUAUUUUAAUUUGAAGGAGUUUCUGUGACUUGUGUAUUUUCUACUGUUUGUACUGGUUUUAGAUGCUGAUAUGUACGUACACUUACGCCUUGAGAUUCUGUUGUUGUACAUCAUGAACUGUGUGAAGGCAGAAUGAGUCAAGACCCGGUCCAGGGUUCACUGUGCCCCUGAUCCAGGACUAAGUGUGGAUCUCAAACCAAACUCACUGGUUUUGGAGGCUAACUAAGCUAAACCUGGUCUAGUACCAGGAUGCUAACCGGUUUCUGGAGCCUGGGGUAACAUGAACUUGAAUCAGUAGAUAACGGGUCACACUGUGUCUGCGAACUUCAGGCUCAGACUGAGAACAAAACAAAGUGUCACCCAGCGUCGUUCAGAGUUUGAUCAUCAGUUUGUUCAAACCAAUCAGACGAUGUGUGACAUUACAGAAACUCAGAAACUCAAUGUUCUUAUUUCCUCCAGUUUCCCUCCUCUUUUCAAACCGUUUUGGAAUGAGCACAAACUUUUCACUUCAGCUGAAACAUUUUCAUUUUCAAACACACAGAGUGUGUGACACGUCAUAAAUUACAUUCGUUCAUAUGCAGCUACUUUUUCUCACCCAGUCCUCCUCAUCCAGAUACACCUUUACAUCUUCUACAGAAAACUCAAUUAACACCUGUUAAUUAACAAUAUAGACUUGAUUGAUUUCAGGGUUUUGUUGGACCUCCUGAUCAACUGUUUCAGCCUUAAAUCUUUUUAUCUGGAGUUUCUGUAGAUUUCAUCACGUUCCUGUUCAUCAGAGAUAUAUAUACUGUCCCUCGUCCUGUCGGACAGUUUCCCUGAGAUCUCACUGAUCCAAGGACCACAGUGACAGAAACCCAGGUCAGUGUGACAGACUCUCUGCUGUCAGACCGCUGAAGGACCGGGGGGGGGAACAUUUACCCAGCCGUCACACUUUGCUCUGUUCUUGGGUCUGAACUCACAGUCAGGCUCCUGCUAACUGCUGCAGAAGUAACUGUUGUCCAGGCUAAUGCUAAUCCUGAGAUGUGCCUGAAAGCGUUGGUGAGUUAACCCUUUAAAGUCACUGUAGCUUAUAUAGUUAUCUAUGCUAUUACUACCUUUAUUAUGAACCACUUUAAGCUUCUUGCAUGAGAUAUAUCACAGCACUGAAAUGUUAAUUAUAUUAUUUCUCUCAUGAACCAUACAUCUGUUUUUUAAUUCUGCCUUUUCAUAUCCUUGCUGUAUGUAAUAUUUUAGACUGAACAGAUGCAGUAUUGGGGGGGGGGGGGGUCUCUGCCAUGGCUCAUAGUGUAGAUUGUAGAUAGAACCAUAAUAUUUAACUGGUUGAAAUGCUGUGUGUCCUCUGGUUCUCAUGAUUCUGGGACGUCUGUUGGUGAAUAUUCUGUGUAUUUCUUUGCUGAUCCAUGUGUAUUUAUGUAGGAUAGUUUCUGGUAGUGUAAAUACUCUGUAUACAUUAUUAUUAUACAUUACAUACUUUCAUAUGGGACCACCACUGUAUCCUGCUAGUGCUGUAUUCUGCAAGCUCUGAAGUCAUAGUCCCUCCUGUUAACACAGUAUCUGUACAUACACACAGUAUACUCACACAGCAUGUUGAACAGCUUAGAAAUCAGCCUCAGUGGUUCACACAGAGAGUUUCAUCCUAACAUUAGAAUAUCACACGUUUCAGUUCAUGAAAUAAAGAGCAGAGGAUCCAGA